AUGGGAACUUCCAUUUCUCGCCAGUUAUCACAAGAGUCCGACACUGUCAUUUCCAUAGACAUCCCAAAAGACAUCGAGUCCUCUAUUUGCCCGAAUGUUUCGCCAGUUAAGAGAGUGUCAACUUACUUCAGAAAGAUGUCUUCCAAGAUUUUCAGUUUCUUGCAACAUACUUCCAGGCAGGCUGAUGACAUUUCAAAACAAUUAUCAUUCAGAAAACCUUUGAUCGCUUCUUCUUCUUCUUCUUCUUCUUCUUCUUCUUCUUCUUCUUCUUCUUCUUCUUCUUCUUCUUCUUCUUCUUCUUCUUCUGCUUCUUUGUCGGUUGAGGAAUCAAACCAUUCACCUGUUAUAGGAACCUGGUUCGCACCUUCAUCUGAUUUUGCUUCCUCAUUCCCAGUAAAAUCUCUUCAAGCCUCAUUGAUAGAUUCUUAUCUCAUUUCAGCCUACGGCGCCGAAGCCAGAUCUUUUUCAAAUGAACCUGUUCUUUCUCCAGCCAUUGUUGAUCCACCGAUAGCAGCGUCACCAAAAUUGCCACAACAGCAACCAGUUGAAGAACACAGUCCAGACAACUCUGUUUUGGUCCAGACUCUUAAUCCAAAUUAUGAUGAAGAGGUUGAAAGACUCAAUUCUUAUGACGCAGAUUGCCAAAGUAUCAUUGGCCUCAGUGACAAUUCCAGUUUGUCUUUCUAUGACCAAAUCAGGGAAAAGCAGACAAGAGUCAUUAAAUGGGAGCAGACCCACAAUUUUGAAGUAGUCGAAAGAAAACCAAAGGUUAGAAUCGUCAUGGAACCUGUAGUUAUAAUGUAUGAGGGGGAAGAAAAAGGUAAAGCCUCAAGAAUCAAUCAGAAAACCAAGGAACUUUUGGCAAAAUUAUUCGACAAAAAAGCAAGAGCUGAAAGAAAAAAUGAAAAGCAAAUGAUGAAGAAGAUGAAAAGAGAAAGAAAGCAACAGUUAAUGGAGGAAAAGAGACACAGAAAAUUGGAAAAAAGGGAAGCGAAAAACAGGGCCAAGCAAGAGGGGAAAAAAGUAAAGAAAUUAAAGAAUUUAGGGAACAAGCUUGCCAAAAGUUGCACAAAGGUCUCUGGUAAACUUGAAGAAGCAGGGAAUGAAAUCGCCAGAAGCCGUACAAAGAAGUUACACAAAGAUGGCUGA